UGCUGCGAAAAUCUGAACUGGAUGAUCAACGAAGGGUAUAAUAAUGUCAACUUACUUUGUUUGGAGAACAUGGAAUUUAUACGCUAAUACUAUCAUCUUAAUUGUGAGUACAGAUAUGACAUUCUUGUGCCAUGUCUAAUGAAAUUACAGAAUCUAAUAAUUUGUCAAUUGUAAAGAAUUCCGCUACCGAUCCAAGAAAUCGUCGAUCAUGCCUAGCCAGAACCAAUGACAAUAUUCAUAAUAGCAACAAUGUGAUGACUUUACCUGAAACGAAGUGGGUACAAAUAUUUAUAAAUGGCGAUGAACACUUCUCGGGCUAUAGAUGUGUGGUUAAUAGCAAAUACUACCGUAAUUUGGACAUGUUUUUAAGCUAUUUAACUGAGCGUCUACAACCUAGUUUUGGUGCUGUACGGCAACUGUAUACUCCUGUCAAUGGACAUUCUGUGCUCAAUUUGGAUGAUUUAGUUUCGAAACAGAAAUAUGUUGUUGCAGGCAGUGAAAGAUUCAAAAAAUUAGAUUUGGGGUAUGCUGAUUUUGCAGGAAGAAGAAGUAAGAAGACCCGACUAAAACCCAAGAUCAAACUCAAGGUAUCAAAAGCCAAACCUCAGUACCACAAUGCUUUAGCUAUAUACUUUUAUCAAAAUGGCAACUAUAAAAUGAAACCACAAAAAAUACAUUUUCUUGCUCAAGACCUUGAAAGCUGGGAAACUGUAUAUAAAAAAAUCAAUGAUGUGCUAAAAUGGGGAUCAGUAAAAAGGAUAUGUUCAGUGAAUGGAAAGCCUGUACCAUCAGUUGAAGAUCUUGUUAAUAACCAAUCGUAUGUUGUAGUAGGAAAGCAUGAAGUGUUUAAAGUUGGUCAUUAUGGUUAUAAUCCUCAAAAAUUAAAUUCAGCAAGAGUUCUAUAUCAUCAGCCAUCUCAAAAAACAUCUGUGAUAACAACUCGAUCAUCUGGAAUUCAUUCCCGAUCAUCUGCUCAGUCAUUAAGAGUAAAUCGGUCAUUAUCGAGCUCUAAAAGUAAUCGUGGUACACCUGUAUCCAAAUCAAUACUAAGCAAAAACAUGGACAAAGACCUUAGUAAUGCUUAUGAAAAUUUAGAAAAUUAUCAAUGCUUAAGUGCAUAUGAAGAUUUUGUGCUCAAAACUAACUCAGCCAAAAGUGAUCUAGUCACAAAAAUCAGUUUAGAUUUAGAUGCAGAUUUAGGUGGUAUAUUUCGUUCCAAGAUACAAAACAGCCAGACUGCUGGAGCAACUGAAAUUGAAGAUGGUCCAGAAACGAUUGUAGAUUUACCUGUGGAUUUAUUAGAAGCUGAAGAAAUCGAGGAUGAAAUUACACCAGACAUGGAACGAUCCAUGCAGCAUCUAAAUUUAGAUGUUCCUGAUGAAAUUAUUGCUUUUUUGCCUAGCAUGCAAACGAAAAAUAGUGGAAACAACCAGGUCUCAUCUAACAAACACAAUUUAUCCCAUUCCCAAAAUGUAGAUAUCCGUAAUAUAUUUGUAGGGUGAUUGAAAAAAUUAUAAAGGUGUUUUUACCUUUGAUAAAUUGUAAAAAUAAUGUAUACAUAUAUUAUUGAGUAUUUCAUGUUUUUCAUUUAUGUUCCCUAAAUGUAUACUAUGUUUUUACCUCCUAAGUUCGGUAAUCUACGAGUAUUGUUCAUUUUUUGACUUGAUAUCAUUGUUGCUUUUCCCAGCAUUGUAAAAUGCAAAUGGGAAAUUACUCAAUUUACGAGCCAGAUAGCUUUCUUAUGAAUAGAAAAUCUAAAAAAUAACAAAACUCUGUUUUUAUGACUUUUAAAAUGAAUUUUAAGAAUUUCAUUUACUAAUAUUUUUAACUUUGUUAUUUUACUGCCAACUUAGCCAAUUAUAACAUGUGAAACUCUGCUCAGUUUUUGAUAUGUCGACAAACACUAGAAUUAUCAAGGUAAUAAUAUGAUAUGCUUUAAGAAUUUUUAAAAUUUUUUUCUCUUUAUAUAUUUAAAAUGCGCCUUAUUGAAAAUAAUUGUUAAGAUUUCAUUGAAAAAAAGAUGACUAUGUGAUUUUUUUUCCCCCUAUUCUCUUGACAAAAAUGUGUUUGGGUUGUAACUUAAACUAUUCCACUUGUUAAUGAUUAUGUUAUUACCACUGCAAGUAACUCCUAUC